GGCGAGGAAUCAUACCUGGAAUGGCAAUAUGCUGGUUCAAGCAGUUGAGAUGCAUCGAGUCAAGCAAAACGCAACUGGUAUACCACACGCAUCUGUCUACCCCCGGAGAGGCUAUAAAUACUGCGUACCAUCCUGCUUAAUUUUCUCCUUUCUUCUUCAGACACAUAGGUCACUUGUCCGCUUCGCCCUCUUUCUUAAGCAACAAAGACUUCUACGCCUCUCGUCCGCUUCCACGUCUUAAGUCCUCAUCUACCAAAAUGCAAUUCCGCCCUGUUAUCGCCCUUCUGGCUGUCGCUACGGCUGUCGCCGCUGCUCCCUGUGACAGCUGUGAUGUGCUGCUCCGGUCUCACCCAGGGACUGAACCUCAACUGCUGCGAGAGCAAUGGCAUUGGACUCCUGAACUGCCUCACCAUUCAGCUCUAAGUUCAGCAUGUAUCGCCACCGCGAGUAACAAUUCACGAACGAUGCCCGAUGAGGAGGUUAUCCGCGACUCGGUACAUCGACAUGUCUUACUACGGUUAGGAGGAAUUGAGGGGGUUGUUCCAGCAUCUAGGUGUACACGUAUUGUCCUGGAUCAAUAUUCUGGAAACUAGAAUAAUAGAUUACAUCGCUAGGAACGCUUAAUGCAACUUUGGCAGUAUGUACAUCAGGGAA